UCCCGAAGAAUCUUCACUCACACAUUCCAAUCCGGCCAUUGAACUUUCUUCAGCUAACUCCCAACUCUCUGAUUCCCUCUGUUUACUGUGUGCGAGAGAGGGAGAGACAGUUUGCAUUGAAGUCUGUGAAGUGUUAACGUUCUUUUCAACUGUAAUUCGUUGAGAUCGGGACUCGAGAGUUUGCAUCUCUUUCCUUGUUUCUCUCUGUUUUCUGUGGGAGUUCGAGACACUCAAGAAUACGUUUGCAGUCGAAGCUCUGUGAAGAUGCUAGAGAAGAUGGAAGAAUUUGACUCGGAGAGAGUGGUAGAGGAAUUCGAAGCAAUAACGAAGGACGCUGGAAAGGUUCAGAGAGAGGCCCUGAAGAAGAUUCUUGAACAGAAUGCAUCGGCAGAGUACUUACAGAAUCUUGGUCUCAAUGGAAGAACUGAUCCUGAGGGCUUCAAGGCAUGUGUUCCCCUUGUUACCCACGAGGAACUGGAACCAUACAUUCUGAGAAUUGUAGACGGUGAUCCUUCUCCAAUUCUCACUGGAAAACCAAUCACAACCAUCUCAUUAAGUUCGGGAACUACUCAGGGAAAGCAAAAGUUCAUACCCUUCAACGAGGAGUUGAUGGAAUCCACCAUGCAGAUAUAUCGGACAUCUUUUGCUUUUCGAAACAGAGAGUUUCCUAUUGGGAAUGGAAAGGCCUUGCAGUUGAUUUACAGCAGCAAGCAGUUCAAAACCAAAGGGGGUCUGGCAGCUGGAACUGCUACCACUAAUGUCUUCCGUAACUCUAAGUUCAAGAGGACAAUGAAGGCGAUGCAGUCCCAAUCCUGCAGCCCUGAUGAAGUAAUCUUUGGUCCCGAUUUCCAUCAGUCUCUGUACUGCCAUCUCUUAUGUGGGUUAAUCUUUCGGGAUGAAGUUCAGUUUGUAACCUCUACUUUUGCCCAUAGCAUCAUCCAUGCAUUCAUAACCUUUGAACAAGUUUGGGAAGAACUGUGCACUGAUAUCAGGUAUGGGGUCCUCAGCAGCAAAAUCACUUUCCCGCCUAUCCGUACAGCUAUGUCAAAAUUGCUCAAACCAAACCCUGAAUUGGCAGAUUUGAUUCAUAGAAAGUGCACAGGCCUGAGUAACUGGUAUCGACUAAUACCAGAACUUUUUCCAAAUGCAAAGUACAUCUACGGGAUCCUGACAGGAUCAAUGGAGCCUUAUUUGAAAAAGCUGAGGCACUAUGCAGGGGAGCUGCCCCUGUUGAGUGCUGAUUAUGGGUCUUCUGAAGGAUGGAUUGGAGCAAAUGUCAAUCCACAUCUGCCACCCGAGCUGGCCACUUUUGCCGUUCUUCCUAAUAUUGGGUUUUUUGAAUUCAUCCCUCUGAGGGACAACAUUGAGAAUCAGGAUCACAAUGGGAUGGAGUCCAGUUUCCUGUGUGUGGAGCCUGAGCCUGUGGGUUUAACUGAAGUCAAGAUCGGUGAAGAGUAUGAGAUCGUCCUCACCAAUUUUGCAGGUCUCUACCGCUAUAGGCUUGGAGAUGCAGUAAAGGUGGUGGGAUUCCAUAACUCCACCCCAGAACUUAAAUUUGUUUGCAGGAGGAACCUUCUGCUAUCCAUAAACAUCGACAAGAACACCGAGAAAGAUUUACAGCUUGCCGUGGAGGCGGCUGCCAUGCUAUUAGGAGAAGAAAAGCUGGAUGUUGUUGACUACUCUAGCCAUGUGGACUCAUCCACAGAUCCUGGCCACUACGUGAUCUUUUGGGAAAUAAAUGGGGAAGCAAGUGAGGAUGUUCUUAAGGAAUGCUGCAACUGCUUGGACAGGUCUUUUAUUGAUGCAGGCUAUGUCAGCUCGCGUAAGGUCAAGACCAUAGGAGCACUCGAACUCCGAGUUCUCCGGAGAGGAACUUUCCAGAAGAUUCUAGAUCAUUAUCUAAAAUUAGGAGCUGCUGUUAGCCAGUUUAAAACACCAAGAUGUGUAGGCCCGACAAACAAUCUGGUGCUGCAAAUCUUGCGUGCUAAUGUUGUUAAGAGCUACUUUAGUACUGCUUUCUAGUUGCAUUAUAAUUUAAAUAUGUUUGCAUUUGCAA